AUGGUAACUGGUGGGCCUGUUGUCAUGGUCUGGGCAUGGAUCUUUGUUGCCAUUCUUACUCUUUGUGUUACUUUGAGUAUGGCCGAAAUAUGUUCAUCCUAUCCGACAUCUGGUGGUCUUUAUUAUUGGUCUGGCAUUCUAGUGCCAAAAAAGUACAAACCACUUGCUAGUUGGUUUACUGGAUGGUUUAAUCUGAUUGGACAAUUUGCGGUUACAGCUGCCAUCGAUUUUGGACUUGCAUUGCUUGUAGCAAGUGUUAUCUCUGUUGGUCUUAACUUGCAAUGGUCGCCUCGUCCAUUUCACAUAGUUCUCAUUAAUUUGGGUAUAGUAAUCACUCAUGGACUAUGCAAUUCCAUGGGACCUCGUUUACUUUCAUGGCUGACAAACGUAUCAGUAUGGUGGCAGUUGUUGGCACCCAUUAUUGUCUCUCUUGCUCUACUCAUCGGCAUGAAACCUGGUCAUCAAACAGCUUCGUUUGUCUUCACUAAAUUCGAAAACUAUACUAAUUGGUCAAAUACAGGCUAUGUCGUUUUAAUCGGUCUCCUACAAGCUCAAUACUGUCUUUCUGGCUAUGAUGCCGCAGCACAUAUGACCGAAGAGACCAAGAAAGCUGAUGUAGCUGGAUCGUGGGGUAUGAUUGGUGCUGUUGUCGUUUCAGCUGUCAGUGGCUGGCUUUUUCUCGUUGCAUUCUUCUUUGGAAUUCAUGAUUACGAAGCUACAGUAAAUUCAGUCACUGGAUUUCCUAUGACACAAAUUCUGCUCGAUAAUUUUAGCAAAGAAUUAACCAUAUUUUUCAUGUGUCUUAUUCUUGUGGCCUGUUGGUUCUGUGGUCUUGCAUCAGUCACAGCUAAUUCUAGGAUGAUCUAUGCAUUCAGUCGAGAUCAUGCAAUGCCUGGCUCUCGUUGGUGGCACAAAGUUCAUCCUCGUCUUAGUACUCCUCUUUAUGCUGUUUGGUUAUCAUGUUUUAUUGCAUUUAUUCUUUGUCUUCCUUAUCUGGGAAAUUCCACAGCUUACUCUGCAAUCACAAGCGUAACAAUUGCUUUUGCAUAA